AUGACAAUAACCCCUCCGAGGCCUUCUAUUAUGUCCCCCCAACACCGCCCAAUCCAAGACCUAGCCAAAGGACAUCUAAUUCCAAUCGUCAACGCAAUAAUAGGAGAAACAGAUAUGGUAGGAGAAGAUGAUGACUAUAACGUUGAUGAAGGUAGAUCCUUGGACAAUCUUUCGAGAGAAAACUUAGAAAGACGUAUAAGUAAUGAUGACUGGGACGGUGGUAUAAAUCCUGGUCAGGCCCAAGAAAUGUUAGAUCAAAU